AUGCCCCCGUCACACCGAAAGUCUUGUCUUGCAUGCGUUCAGUCCAAGCGAAAAUGCAACAAAGGAUUACCUAAAUGCCAACGCUGUCUUACAAAGAACAUCGACUGCGAAUACAACGGCCGACAUCCCGGCCGACUGCGAGAAACUACCGGAAGAAUUGUAGAUGAAAAUAUUGCCUUCGUGGAGCCCUUUCCAAGUGAGCUGUUCAGUGAUUGGCAAUUGCAGCGAAGUCCCGCGCUGCCCACCACAUCAAUUCUCUCGCCUCACACAAAUGAUGUAUUAUUCAACUUUGCAAAUGACCCAUUCGACUUUGAAAGCAUACCACAAGGUGGCUUUCUUAGCUCUGCUGUUAUUGGCGAUACCGUCGCUCAGCAAGACCAAAACGAUGUCGGGCGCAUCAUCUCGGAUACAACUGCACAGGCUCGCGUGGACUUUGCAGCAAAGAAGUUAGCUAUGGUUCCGAAGAUAUUUUCCCAGCAAGGGCAAACGAUGUUCAUCCACCGUAUCCUAGUCCAAGACAGAAGCCCUCCUGUUUUACAGGAUGCGCUCAGCGCUUGCGCUCUGUAUUCCCUAAAAAAUACAGAGAAUCAGGUGUUAGUGUUCCGUAACUUGGAGCACAAACGGCAGCAGCUGAUCGCCAACAUCGAUCCGCUCCUCGCCACCAAGACGGAUCUACUUGAAGCGCUGCAAGCGCUGAUACUGUACCAGAUAAUGAGUCUGUUCGACGGUGACAUUCGCCUUAGGGCGCAAGCGGAAGUGGACGAACCAGUUCUCCUAACGUGGGCGAACCACCUUAUGUUACGCACGCAUCAAGUGCAGCCUCCAUCGGCUCCAGCAGAAGCACAACAUCUACUGGGAAGCACUUUUACGGACUGGCGGCGAUGGCUGAUCGAGGAGAGCAGCCGACGGACGGUAAUAACAGCGUUCAUGUUGAAGGGGGUAUAUAGUUUCUUGAAACUCGGCCGAGACACAGUUCCAGACCUACGAAUGAGCUUCACGGCCCAAACUGCGCUCUGGAAUUCGCAGUCAGAAAUUAGUUGGCAGAGAGCACAGAACGAGAGGGAGUGGCUUGAACUAUGGGUGACACAUUGGGACGAGGCAGUAGGAAAAGCAAAGCCAGGCGAUUUAGAAGAGCUCGGUAUACUAAUAAUGGUCAUGUUAAAGGGGAUAGUGGCUACUGGGAAAUGGUUAGGGCAUAGUCACAAUAUUAGAUACGGUUUAGAGGGACCGGAGUCAGAUUCAAUAUAA